AAACUGAAAAACGCAGAAGAAACAGGGUAAAGAUAAGAUCCUAGCCUAUCCGCCUCAUCUGCGAGGGCCUAGCUGCCCUUCCGUAACUACCAAAAGUACCUGUCUAGCGUACGGAAAAGAAGGAAUUCUCUGAUCUACGUUAACCGCCGACCGCGCAAAGAGAAAGGAGCACACAAGAAGAGAGAGAGAAGCAAGAAGAGAAAAGUGAGAUGGCAGUUUCCGGCGAAGAAUUCGAUGUAAUAGUGGUGGGAGCUGGCGUCAUGGGCAGCUCCACCGCGUAUCAAGUUUCGAAAAGAGGUCACAAAGUCCUCCUCCUCGAGCAGUUCGAUUUCUUACACCAGCGUGGCUCAUCUCACGGCGAGUCUCGUACUAUACGCUCAACUUACCCAGAGGAAUACUACUAUCCCAUGGUGAUGGAGUCCUACAAACUCUGGGAAGAAGCUGAGUCCCACAUCGGCUACAAGGUUUACUUCAAGGCUCAACAAUUCGAUAUGGGUUCGUCCGAUAACAAGUGUCUCCGUGAAGUCAUAGCCACUUGUCAGAAACACUCUGUCCCACAUGAAAUUCUCGACCGCCAACAAGUUUCCGACAAGUUUUCAGGCAGGUUCGAUAUUCCUGACAAUUGGGUUGGAUUGUGUACUGGUGAUGGUGGUGUGAUAAAGCCCACUAAAGCAGUUUCUAUGUUUCAAACUCUGGCGAUUCAAAACGGUACUGUUCUUAGGGACUACAUGGAAGUGAAAGAUAUAAGAAAAGAUGGUGUGAAAGGGGGUGUGUGGGUUUACACUAGCAAUGGUGAAAAGUUCUGGGGUAAAAAAUGUGUGGUAACAGUUGGGGCUUGGACUACAAAGUUAGUUAAAACGGUUAGUGGGAUUGAUUUGCCUAUACAACCUUUGGAGACUAUGGUGUGUUAUUGGAGGAUUAAGGAGGGGCAUGAGGAUAAGUAUGCAAUUGGUGGUGAUUUUCCAACUUUUGCAUCCUACGGUGAGCCUUAUAUAUACGGCACGCCGUCUUUGGAGUUUCCGGGGUUGAUUAAGGUUGCAGUGCAUGGUGGGUAUCCAUGUGAUCCGGAUAAGAGGCCAUGGGGGCCUGGAAUGGCAUUAGGGAAUUUGAAACAAUGGGUGGAAGAGAGGCUGUCAAGCUUGGUUGAUUCUGGAGGGCCUGUGGCUACACAGUUGUGCAUGUAUUCAAUGACCCCAGAUGAGGAUUAUGUGAUUGAUUUCUUGGGUGGGGAGUUUGGGAAGGAUGUUGUGGUCGGAGGUGGUUUUUCAGGGCAUGGGUUCAAGAUGAGUCCGGUGGUAGGGAGAAUACUCACUGACCUUGUGCUCACUGGGGAGGCAAAAGGCGUUGAGCUAAAGCACUUCAGGAUUGGAAGGUUUGAGGAGAAUCCUAAAGGGAAUUUCAAAGAAUUUUUACAUCAUGUGAUGUAAUCUGCUAUCAUUCCUCAAUGAUUGAAUAAAAGUUCAUUUUUAUUUCUCUGUAAUUAUAAUUGUGUACAUUGGUGCCAGUAGUGUCUAAUGUUUGAUUGUGCUGCAAAAUUGCUGUCUUAUAUAUACAUGUAUAAGUUGUAUUAGCAAUCUCUCUCUUAAUGUACUAGUACCUUAUUAAUGCU